CAAGUGUGGGAAUCCAGAGCCCCUCCCAUCGAACUUGCCGAAGCUUUGUAGCCCCGCCCCUUGCUGACCAGGCACUAACUAGUACAAUAAUACUCUCUGGACUGUACCAUAUUUGCUAUAGCGCUUACGCAGCACAGACUAAAAGCUUUUGUGGAAACUGGAGGAUAUAAUCGUGCGUCGGUCCCAGGAUUCUCUCAACGUCUUGAGGGGAAAACUCUACGACCUUCCCACUGAUCUAUACGAUAUCCGGGUAAGGAAAGGGUUAACCCAAGGGGGCGGGGCUCUGGUAGAAGAGUUCUGUCAGCAUCCCAAGGAAAGUGAGGAGAGCAAGAAGUGCGGAAGGGCUCAAGUACAACUGCUAUGCGCUUACGAUUGAUUCUUGGACACUAAGCUGCAACUUAGAGCUGAAAUGUACACAUUUGCACCAAGGCUGACAAGCAAGAACGAGUGCAGAGAAAGAGGAAGCCGGAGAUAGAUAUCAGUGCCAUGGAGCAGUAAGCAUUUAAUACCUUUAGAAUUGCUGUGAGUGCAUCACUUACUACGGCAACAUGAAUUUUCAGGAUUCAGAGAGCAGAAGUGAGACAGUGAGCCUCGACCCCAAGGAAUCCUUACACUCAGGUCUGUAUAAUGGAUGCUUGUUGGUGGUGCUUCCGUACACAGCUAGUUCUGAGCGCAUGGAACAAUGUUUAAUGAAACUCCAGAACUUUGGAAUCCAGGUUCCUCUGGAACAGUGCAGGGAGUGCCUACAGGUCUCAGCUCUUAUCCCCGAACUCCGCAGAUACAUUUUCUUCAGCUCCCGGGGCUUUGGAAUGAUCCUGGCUCUGAUACUGUACAUUUCCAUUUGGGUCAAUCUCUACUCUACAGCACAGAUGUUCUUAGGGGGUCAGAAUUGGCUAUCCAGCAUACCAGUUACUAUUGCUGCUGCUGCUGUGACAGUCGCUGUUAUCCUGGUCAUCAACCGACAUCAUAAGAGGAUAAACGUAAACACAGAUGUCACACUGGCAGCGGCCAAUGAGAUCUUCAUGGAGCACAAUGUCCUGCUGGGGAUCAGUGAUCUGUCACAGAAAUGUCACAGUGUCCCUUCUCUCUGUUUUAUUUACUUCCAUCUGAGUGGCUGUCAGCAGAGGCUUGCCCAACACUUGGCAAGCAUGAGCAAGGAAGCUAUCAGACAGUGUCUGGAACAUCUCUUUAUCAUCGUAGAAACUCCAGCUGACCAGCAGCUUGCUCAGGAGGGACCUGCAGAGUCCACAACUGAAGAGUCCCCAUUGUUGUCUGACAGUCCUAAGGAAAAGCCCAUACUCUGCAGCAAAAAAGUUCCCCUUAUUCAAGAGAGUGAACCAGAGGAAGAAAUAGCUCGACAACUCUUGGUUGUAUCAAGUGCAUGUUACGUGCGCCUCCUGAUCACAGGGCUCUUGCCACGGGGCAGUGAAACAGGACAUACUGGGCUCAUAAAUGUCCCUUGCCCAUGCCAGUUCAUAGAGAGCACCAUACUACAGCCUUGGCAGUGUUCCAUGUGGAUGUAAAGAAAAGGCUGGAAAUAGAACCGGACAUGACUUGCAUGCAAUGGCUUAAUGAUGAAACUGGAGCGCUGCACCCAAAAUAAGUAUGUACUGAUCCAUCUUUGUGGAAAAUCCCAUUAAAAUGACCAUUAGUAUGGUGUUUUGCUCUCUGUA